GCGACGAUAGGGGGAAGGAGAGCUUGUUCUUGAGCCAUGGUCAGAUGGGAGAGAGCUAAGUGGUGGGUGUGUGCAAAGACUUGAAAUAUGUCGAAGAGACGCGUGUGUUAUCUUUUCUCCUCGCCACUGGCCGUCCAGUACCUCCCCUCGCGGUGUGUCGUCAGCAGUUUAUCUCAGGGCCUGGCUGGAGCUGCAAGGGAAAAUGGGAGGAAAUCUGAUCCAUAUGGUGGCACUAUAAAGCUCACUGCUGAUUUGCAGGCUUCAUCAAAACCUGGUCAAGGCUUCAUCACUCCUCAUGACUGGCAUCCUCCUCUCACACCUGGUCACUGCGCUCUGAACUUCUUACUCCCUCCUCAGCAGCACCGGUUAUCUGCCUGACCCCUGGGGUGCCUCAGCAACAAUCUUCAGAAGUGAUUCUCGGAGAAUAUGAACAUACUAGGCAAGAUUGCUUUCUUGCUUUUGCUUGGAGGCAUCUGGUGUCAGAACAACCGUAAUGCUAAAGCUAGUGGCAAGUCCACCAAGAAGUCUGGUGGGAACCAAGGAGGUGAUGUUAGCCAGUCUCCACCUGUGAAUGAUCGGACUCCUGAAAGCACUGAAAACACUGGAAACACUCGAGGCACUGGAAGCUCUAGAGGCACCGGAGGCACAGCUGAAGCAGGCCGGGAGGGUGCUGCAGGAGCUCGAGCUGCUGCACAACAGACAGAUGAAAUGAGGCUGCACUUCCUCAAGAACACCCAAGUUACAUGCAAUGAUGGAACAGCAGCUGGGUUUUACCUAAAGGAGUUCAGAGGAAGCCGCCGAUGGCUGUUAUUUCUGGAAGGUGGCUGGUGCUGCCACAGCAAAGAGACCUGUGAUUCCAGGUACCAAAAUAUACCCCGACUAAUGAGCUCAUCGGGGUGGCCCCAAACAAAAAGAGGAACUGGAAUAUUGUCUUCUCAAGCAGAGGAAAACCCACACUGGCAUAAUGCAAACAUUGUUUUCAUCCCGUACUGUUCCAGUGAUGUAUGGAGUGGCACUGGGCCCGCCCCGACCCCUCCUCCAAGGCUACGACAGGGCAGAGAAAAAGAGAGAGAAAGAACUACAAAUUCAACUGAGUACACCUUCAUGGGAUCCCUGAUCAUCCGCGAGGUCAUCAAAGACCUCAUCCCCAAAGGAAUCAAGCUGGCCAAGGUUGUCAUGCUGUCUGGCACGAGCGCUGGAGGAACAGGUGUUUUGCUGAACAUUGAAAGGGUCGCCAGUCAGCUGGAGCAGCUCGGUGCGGAGGCUCAGGUUCGAGGCCUCGUGGACUCUGGAUGGUUUCUAGAGAGUAAACAGCAGAGAUCACCCAACUGCCCCGAGACUAUUUCCUGCUCACCUGAGGAUGCUAUCAAGAUCGGACUCAGGCUGUGGAAUGGAGUUGUGCCUGACAGAUGUCAGCAGCUCUAUAAGAAAGGAGAGGAGUGGCAGUGCUUUUUUGGCCACAAACUCUACUCUACCUUGACCUCUCCUCUGUUUGUGGUGCAGUGGCUGUUUGAUGAGGAGCAGCUGAGGGUGGAGAACAUCUACAUGGGAGGACAGAGUCUGUCCGCGGAGCAGUGGCAGUACAUACAGAACCUCGGCAGGGAGCUCAAGAACUCCCUGACAGACGUCACGGCUGUGUUUGCUCCGUCGUGCCUCUCCCACACACUGAUUACUAAAAGCAACUGGAUGAGUUUCCAGGUCCGAGGCACGUCUCUGCCACGGUCCCUGCAGUGCUGGGACCGGAGUCUGGAGGCAACCCGCAACAACAGAACCCCCGCCAAAGGCUGUCCUUACCACCUGGUGGACACCUGCCAGAGCCCCCAGUGCAACCCCACCUGCCCAGCCUUGGUGGACCAGGCCACCCAGCAGGAGCUCACCCUGCUCCAGAUGCUGGUAGCCAUGGGCCUUGACCUCCAGAAGCUGGGCCUGGACCCCCAGGGGGAUGCAGCUUCUCUGGCCAGCGUGGGCAGCAAUGGUGGCUAAAGUGUAAAAGUAGACAGCAAGUUAAGAGA